AUGAACAAUUUAAUUAUUAUUUUUAUUUUUUUCUUUUUAUUAUUUUUUCAAUUAAAUUAUUCUCAAAAAUGUUAUCAAACAAAAUUUACUAAUUUUAUUAAAUCAAAAGAACAACAACAAUGUAUUGUUAAUAAACGUUUUUUACUUUAUUCUGUUAAUCGUGGAGAAGGCUUCAAUUUAAGAAGGGAUGUUUAUAUGAGAGUGGCUAAUGUUGUUAGACAACUUAGAGAGAAAGGUCAUCUUUUUACACUUGUUUUACCUCCAUGGCAAGGUAUUUGGCAUUGGCACGAUCCAAAAUUAAGAAUUUUUUGGAAAGAAUUAUUUGACAUUGAAAGUUUAAAUAAAUUUGUUCCGGUUAUGGAAUUUAAUGAAUUUACUAAAAAGAAAAAAAAUUCGGAAUUAAUUAUUGAUUCUAUUUUUUAUCUUCAACAUUAUCAAGAAGGGUGGUCAGAAAGUAAAGGUUUUGAAAUUAAAUAUGAGAUUCGUCCUUGUAUUGAUGCAAAUAAAUAUUACAGAAAAAGUAGGGCAAAAUGGUUAGGCGACUUUUCUGGCCAAAUAUUAACUUUCAACGAACUAAAAUGUCUUUCAAUACAAGGCCAAUCGAGUACUUUAGUUGAUGCAAUAAUUGAAUUAAUGAAUAAUAAACAAACAAUUCUCGUUGACAGAACCGAAACAAUUUUACAUGACAAUUUUGGAGAUGUUAAUUAUUGGAAAGCAAGAAUGUCAAUGAAUUAUUCAAAAAAAUUAAAAAAUAUUGGAGAUAAAUUUAGAAAAGAAAAGUUUCCUUUGGGGAGUGAAUUUAUUUGUGCACAUUUAAGGCGUGGGGAUUUUGUUUGGGCACAUAAAGAAAUUAUUCCAUCUUUGAGUGGAGCGGCGAAUAAGUUAAAAGAUUUAUCAAAUAAACUUGGUCUCAAAAAUAUUUUUAUCUGUACUGAUGCUAAUAAUGAAGAGGUUAACAAAAUUACUUCUAUUCUAAACGAGAGUGGAUUAAUUGUUGAUCGCUUUAUUUCUCAAGAAUUAUCACCUGCAGAAGUUUCUAUUAUUGACCAGUGGAUUUGUGCACAUUCCAAAUACUUUAUAGGAACACAUCAUUCAACUUUUUCAUUUAGAAUACACGAAGAUAGAGAAAUAUUGGGUCAUUCAUCAGAAACGACAUUUAACAGAUUUUGUGGAGAAAAGGAGAAAGAGGGGAGGGAAUGUGAACAACCUGCCAAAUGGAGAAUUUUACUUGAUUAA